AUGUCGGACGACGAACGGCUCACCUCGGGCGCCGGGGCGGACGACGAGCUGUCCCUCCCCAAAGCCACCGUUCAAAAACUCAUCUCCGAGAUGCUCCCCAAAGACGUCUCGUGCUCCAAAGACACGCGCGACCUCCUCAUCGAAUGCUGUGUCGAAUUCAUCCACCUCCUUUCCUCGGAGAGCAACGAGGUGUGCGAGAAGGAUUCGAAAAAGACCAUUGCCCCCGAACACGUGCUCAAAGCGUUGGACGAUUUGGGUUUCCCAGGAUUCAUCGAGGAGGCCAAGAGCGUGCUGGUGGAGCACAAGGCGGCACAGAAGGAUCGAGAACGCAAGACGACGCGCAUGGAACAGUCGGGCUUGAGCGAGGAAGAGUUGUUGCGGCAGCAGGAGGAGUUGUUCGCUGCCAGCAGGGCACGGUUCGAAGCGUCAAAUUGA